CCUUCACACUGCUCUCCUGCACAUACUGCCCACUGUCAUACCCUUCACACUCCUCUCCUGCACAUACUGUUCCUUGUCAUACCCUCCACACUCCUCUCCUACACAUACUACCCACUGUCACACCCUCUACACUCCUCUCCUACAUAUACUGCCCACUGUUAUACCCUCCACACUCCUCUCCUGCACAUACUGCCCCGUCAUACCCUUCACCCUCCUCUCCUACACAUACUGCCCCGUCAUACCCUCCACACUCCUCUCCUGCACAUACUGCCCACUGUCAUACCCUCCACACUCCUCUCCUGCACAUAUUGCCCACUGUCAUACUACUCCGUCAUAAACCCUCCGCAAUCCUCAUCUCCUGCACCAAAAACACACUAU